CAUUUGAUGGCUUUGAUGGCACUAACCAUAUUGCCUUAAAUUUAGAUUUGCAAUAUUUUUUCAAAUAUUAUUUAUUUGUUUUUUAAGUUAAUAUGGAUAAUUUAAAUGAAUUAUAUAGAGAAACUGAUCUUCAGGAAAGAGAAAUAAAGAAUUUGGUUAGACAAGUUGAAGAAUUAAGGAAUGCAAUUAAAACCAAAUCGGCAGGACCUAAUGAAUGUGCAGAAGUUGCAAAUCUAUCAACUGAAAAUAUUAAGUUGAAUCAUAGACUAGCAAUCUUACAAAGUGCUAUUGUAAAAGAGAUGUCUAAAGGCAAAAAGGAUUCUUCAAAAAUGGAAAGCAUCCAAGAGAUUUUGACUUCUCUGUUUUCAACUGCAAUUAGCAGUGCAUUUCCUGAUUUAGUUGAUGCACCAACCGUCAUUGCAUUAAGCAAAGAUCCACAAUUUGGUGAUUAUCAAUGUAAUUCUGCAAUGGGUAUUGCAAAUACUUACAAGAAACUGGGAAAGGCACUUGCUCCAAGAGUAAUUGGUUCUAAAAUACUUGAAUGUGUUCCGGCACAUCCUUUAAUUGCUAACAUGACUGUGGCUGGACCAGGCUUUGUAAAUGUAUUUUUGGACAAAAAUUAUGGAGUUAAUAUCUUAACUGAUAUCUUUGAACAUGGUGUUCUACCACCACCCAUUGAUAGAAAACAAAAAGUUUUGGUUGAUUUUUCAUCUCCAAAUAUUGCCAAGGAAAUGCAUGUUGGACAUUUACGAUCUACUAUUAUUGGAGAGAGUGUAUGCAGGCUUUUAGAGUACUUGGGUCAUGAUGUUAAGAGGAUCAACCAUGUAGGUGACUGGGGUACCCAAUUUGGUAUGCUGAUUGCACAUUUGCAAGACAAAUUCCCAGAUUAUAUUACAAAGUCGCCACCAAUUGGAGAUUUGCAAUCUUUCUAUAAAGAAUCGAAAAAACGUUUCGAUGAAGAUGAGGAAUUUAAGAAACGUGCUUAUGCGUGUGUGGUUAAAUUGCAAGCGUUCGAUCCUGAUUACUCGAAAGCUUGGCAAUUAAUCUGUGAUGUUUCCCGCAGAGAAUUUCAAAAGGUUUAUGACCGUUUGGAUAUAACAAUUGAAGAGAAAGGCGAAUCUUUCUAUCAGUCUAGGAUGGAAAAAGUUGUAAAAGAACUGGAUAGCAAAAACCUACUUGAAUUGGACGACGGUCGAAAAAUAAUGUGGGCUGAUGGUAUUAAUAUUCCAAUGACAAUAGUAAAAUCGGACGGUGGAUUUACUUACGAUACGUCCGAUAUGGCCGCGAUAAAAUAUCGCAUUGAUGAAGAAAAAAUGGAUUGGUUAAUUUAUGUUACCGACGUUGGCCAGGCGACACAUUUUGAUUUGGUAUUUAACUGUGCGAAAAAAGCGAAAAUUUUGGAUAAUACCAAGCGUGUGGAUCAUGUUGGUUUUGGCGUUGUCUUGGGCGAAGACAAGAAAAAAUUCAAGACCAGAUCAGGUGACACAGUCAGAUUAAUUGAUCUAAUGGAUGAAGGUUUAAAACGUUCAUUGGACAAGCUCAUGGAAAAUGGCAGAGAUAAAGUGUUAACACCAGAGGAACUCAAGAGCGCUCAGGAAUCCGUAGCCUAUGGUUGCAUAAAAUACGCCGAUUUGUCGCAAAAUCGCAUCGGCGCAUAUGUUUUCUCAUUCGACAAAAUGUUGGAAGAUAAAGGAAAUACGGCAGUUUACUUGUUGUAUGCGUACACUAGAAUUAAAUCUAUUGCUCGCAACGCUAACUUCACUUCUGAAAAGAUAAAAGAAUUGGCGAAAACUACUUCAAUUUCUUUGGAUCAUGAGAAAGAAUGGAAACUAGGAAAGACGCUACUGCGAUUCCCCGAUGUACUGAUUAAGAUAUCAAGCGAUCUAUAUUUACAUCAUUUAUGUGAAUAUGUUUACGAAGUUUGCACAAAUUUCUCAGAGUUUUAUGAUAAUUGCUAUUGCAUUGAAAAGGAUUCUAGCGGCGACAUUAUUAAAGUUAAUGUUGGUAGAAUUUUGCUAGCCGAAGCUACUGCCCUAAUUAUGGCCAAGUGUUUCCAUAUUUUAGGAUUAAAACCUGUUUCACGAAUGUAAUACAAAAUGCUAAUUAAAAAUAUUUCCAAUUAUAUAAAA